UACAUUCUGGGUUGGAGCUUUGCAAUAAAUGGCAGGGCUCGAGACUUAGAUCUCUCUCACCUGCCUUGGUACGCAAAACCCAAAUCAUCUAGAGGGAUUUCUAUGGCUUCUAUGAUUGGCAUAAUUCUAUCUUCUAUAAUCCUAGCCAUGGCAAUUAUAUCAGGGAUUGUAUACCUUGUUAAAAGGCAAAGGGAUGAGGAGAUCGUGGAAGAGUGGGAGUUGGAGUAUGGGCCACAUAGGUUCUCAUACAAGGAGCUAUGUGAUGCCACCAAGAAUUUCAGAGAGGAUGGGCUGGUGGGAUCUGGGGGCUUCGGCAAGGUUUAUAGGGGAGUGAUGCCAAGCUCUGGGAUGCAAAUUGCAGUGAAAUGCAAUGCAAACAAUUCUGGGGUAGGGUUAAGAGACCUCUUAUCAGAGAUCUCCAUCAUUGGGAGACUACGACACAGGAACCUGUUACCACUACUUGGAUGGUGCAAGUGGAAAACAGAGCUCCUCAUAGUCUAUGAGUACAUGCCCUAUGGUAGCCUCGACAAACACCUGUUCGAUGAAAGCACCCCACUUUUAAACUGGGAGCAGCGGUACCACAUCCUUAAAGGUGUCGUCUCAGCAUUGCUCUACCUACACGAACAAUGGGAACAAGUGAUGUACCCAGACGUGAAGGCUAGCAACAUUUUGUUAGACACAGAUAUGAACAGUCGAUUAGGGGACUUUGGGCUAGCACGGUUAUGUGAUCAUGGAACCAACAUGCACACGACACACGUGGUGGGAUCACUUGGCUACGUUGCACCUGAGGUGUCCCGUACUGGCAAGUACACCACUUACUCUGAUGUCUUUUUGUGCGGCAUUGUGUUGCUCGAGGUGGCUUGCGAGCGUAGGCCAGUCGACGUGAGGAGGUUGCCAGAAGAAAUGAUUUUGGUGGACUGCGUGUGGAAGUGCUUCAGUGAAGGAAAGCUCUUGAAUGUUGCUGACCCUAGGCUUAAGGGUGGAUUUGUGGAAGAAGAGAUGGAAAUGGUCUUAAUGCUAGGAUUGAUGUGCUUUUACCCAGUGCCUGGUGCAAGGCCUAGCAUGAGGCAAGUGUGCCAAUAUUUGGAUGGUGAUAUUCCUUUCCCUAAAAAUACAUUGCCUAAUGACAUUUUGGUCAACAUAAACGGAAAGAAUGACUGCUUUGAAGCCCAUAUUUCUGCUCAUGAUGAUUUCUAUUUGAGCUCUUCUGCAGGGACUGAGUUUUUACUCUCAGGAGGCCGGUGA